CAUGAACUCUGUCCACAUUGCGUUGACUUAGGCUUUAUUUGUGCCCGUCAUUCUCCGGCAGAAAACAAUUUAUCGUUUUGCCUUAAAUCAGUUUCCAAACAGAAAAAAAUUACCAUGUUGAACAACUACAAUUGCCUAGCACAACCCCUGUGGCAAAACGGACCAGCUCCAGGCGAGCUCUAUAACUUUACGGGCGGACAGACGCCGAUUCAGCAGCUUCCCCGUGAAUUGACCGCGGCGGGUCCCUAUGGAACCAAGCACAGCACAGCUGCCAUCACCACAGGCUCCUCUGUGCUGGGAAUUCGCUACGACGGCGGCGUAAUGCUUGCCGCUGAUACCCUGGUGUCUUACGGAUCACUGGCACGCUACCAGAACAUCGAGCGCGUCUUCAGGAUCAACAAGAAGAUCCUACUCGGCGGCAGCGGAGACUUCGCCGACAUCCAGUCCAUCAAGCGCAGCAUCGACCAGAAGAUGAUCGAGGACCAAUGCUGCGACGACGACAUCGAGAUGAAGCCAAAGUCCCUGGCUACCUGGAUGACUCGGGUGCUAUACAACCGGCGCUCUCGCAUGAAUCCACUCUACAUCGACGUGGUCGUGGGUGGCGUUGACACAAAUGGUACUCCCUACCUGGCUAACGUGGAUCUUCGCGGUCGUUCUCACGAAGACUAUGUGGUGGCCACCGGCUUUGCACGUCAUUUAGCCAUUCCGCUAGUCCGUGAGAAGAAGCCAAAGGACCGAGACUUCACUGCUUUAGAAGCUUCCGAACUGAUCCGCAAGUGCAUGGAGGUGCUUUAUUACCGUGAUACUCGUAACAUCUCCCAAUACACCGUGGGCGUGUGCAGCCCUAAUGGAUGCGUCGUGGAGGGGCCUUUCCAGGUUAACGAGAACUGGAAGUUUGCCGAAACCAUCAAGGGAUACUAGAAAUCCUGAAUGAACGUAGUUUAGGUGUAGCUCGGCGGUUUUUGUAUGAAUUAAAAUCACUUCUCCAUGAUUUAUUGAAAAUAAAUUGGGCAAAAUAUACUAUCCUUAAAACUA